AUGGUCUUCCUUCCUGAGAAAUGGCUCCCUGAGUUGUCGGAGAUCCCUGAUACCGUCCCCAUCCAUGAGUUCAUGUUGGACGAGAAACAUGGCCGACGACCCUAUUCCCAGUCAUGGGACACAUAUACUUGCGGCCUAACUGGCAGAUCCAUCUCCGCGACACAGCAGAGAGACGAUGUGGCCAAAUUGGCGAGAGGGUUGGGCAAGGAGCUAGGAUGGAAAGUUAAUCAAGGGAGUGAAUAUGACAAAGUCGUUGGAGUCUUUGCCCUGAACACGAUUGAUAUCAUGACGCUGUCAUGGGCUAUACAUCGACUUAACGGCGUCUCAUCUCCUGCUAAUGCAGCUUACAAUGCGGACGAACUACGACACCAGCUGACCAAUUCAGGCGCUAAGAUCCUCUUCACUGUUCCCCCCCUACUCCCCGUGGCUCUGGAGGCGGCCGAGAAAGCCAACAUCUCCAAGGACAAGAUUUACAUUGUCGAAAUGCCAGGCGAUAAGAACGUCCCCAAGGGUUUCAAGACCCUGAAUCAGCUUCUCCGAGACGGUGAAUCAGCACCCGAGCUCGAACCCAUUAAAUGGACAAAAGGACAAGGCGCCAGGCAGACCGCCUUUCUAUGUUACUCGAGUGGCACAUCUGGCUUGCCGAAAGGAGUCAUGAUAUCUCACCGAAAUGUCAUCGCCAACACAGUCCAGAUCUCACUUUACGACGCCAUCUAUCGUCAGAAACAAGGACCAGACUAUCAUGACGUCGCCUUGGGGUUGCUGCCCCAGUCGCAUAUUUACGGACUCAUCGUUAUCUGCCAUGCGUCCACGUAUCGAGGCGACCAAGUCAUCGUCCUUCCUAAGUUCGAUCUUCAGCAUUACCUCACCUCGAUCCAGAAGUACAAGAUCAACACCUUGUAUAUCGUCCCACCCAUCAUCAUUGCCAUGGUCAAAAAUCCCCAGCUACUCAAGAAAUUCGACUUGUCGAGUGUGCGCCAAAUCUUCACCGGAGCAGCGCCCUUGGGAAAGGAGACGGCCGAGGAUCUCAAUGCUCAAUAUCCGACCUGGCAGGUUCGACAAGGUUAUGGUCUUACCGAAACCUGUACCGUUGUAUGUUCCACUAGUCCCGAUGACAUCUGGUUUGGUUCUUCCGGGUGCUUGAUUCCGGGAACUGUGGCCAAGAUUGUGGACCCCGAAGGAAACGAAAUCACGAGCUACGGUCAACGUGGAGAGUUACUGGUUCAAUCUCCCUCUGUCACUUUAGGUUAUCUCAAGAACGAGAAGGCGACCCAGGAAACUUUUGUGGAUCUCCCCGAGGGCCGAUUUAUGCGGACCGGCGACGAGGUUGAGAUCCGAAAAUCGCCCAAAGGCAACGAACAUGUUUGGGUUGUCGACCGUAUCAAGGAAUUGAUCAAAGUCAAGGGCCUCCAGGUGGCACCCGCCGAACUGGAAGCUUGCCUCCUGAACCACCCGGCCGUCGCCGAUUGUGCUGUCAUCCCUGUACAAGACGACCGGGCUGGUGAACUUCCCAAGGCCUACGUUGUCAAGUCAAGCUCUGUCGGCCUAGAGGAAAGCGACGCUGCAAUUAAGCGUAGCAUCAGCAAGCACGUCGAGAAGGAGAAGGCAAGGCACAAGUGGUUGGCGGGGGGUAUCGAGUUCAUUGAUGUCAUUCCCAAGAGUCCUUCAGGCAAGAUCUUGCGCCGAAUGCUACGUGACAAGCAUAGGGAAGAUUCGAGAAAGGCAGGCGCAAAACUAUAGACAAGUUCAUGUUCGGUGCUCUCGGACGACUUGUCCUUUGUGAAGAGAUCAUCUCUCGCACAAUUUCGCAAGUUCCGAAGUUCCCCGAUCGCGUCUGCUCUCAGGCAAGGCUAUUGAGGGCGAUGCAAGACAAAUGUUCGCUAGCAGCUGAACGGGGACUUGUGGCUUUCUGUACGGAGUAGUAUUUCAACGCUUCGGACCGAUCGGGGCUGGAUGGUAGCGAGGACUAGCAAAUGCCUAGUUGGGCCAUAUUCGGAUCGGAGGCUGUCUAUCUGUGCCACUAUCAAAUGUCGUCAAUUAGAGACUUGCAUCGUGGGCUGCGGGCGC